AGUCAGGACUGGAAACACAACAGCAUCUGUGGAGCUGCCUUAGAAGACAAAGGGGGAAGAGUACAGGGAGGAGCAGGGAAGGAGUCAGCUGAGCUUAUACCCAGACCCCUUCGGAUUCAUGAUUCCCCUACUCACAUCACACACACACACACACACACACACACACACACACACACACAGAGCUAAGGCUCUGAGAAACUGGGUAAGUCCUUAGUGAUCUUCUGUCUGCCCUCUCAGGGUACAUUGGGGAAACCCAGGAUCUGGAAACUCCUUCAGACAGGAAUGAGAAUGUUGCCCUUGUAGUCUGGGAACAAGUUGUGAAGGCUGCAGCCCCUAAUUGAGGCAGGGAAUAGGCUUCUUCCCUGUUGUCCCUGGCCAACAGCAGGAAGUGCUAACAGGCCCGCGUUGUGGGUGAAGGAGGGACCAGGAGAGGAAAGAAAACACAGGUAAAGAAGGUAGAAAUGAAGACUUUUAAAAGAUUACUAGAGCGGGGUGUGGAGGCACACACCCGGGAUCACAAUAUUUGGAAGUGGGAGGCAAGGUCGUCAGGACGGCAAGGCCAGUGUGGACUACACGAGGCCCACUGGGAAAGAGGUUUGCUGAGAACCAACAAGGCAGCAGCAGGGUUGAGAUCCCAUGGGCUCAGAAGCCUGGGGAAAUAAAUGACUUGUCUCUGAUCCCCACUCAGUUGCCGUCUAUACAAUGAAAAUCCCAGUUAAAUAGAGUAGUGUAUUCCUCAACCCCAGAGGACCCCAUCUGCCUGUCUCCUGUGUAGCACACAACCUCCCGACAAGGGUCCUGGCGCCCGGGGAAGGUGUUACCUCGCGCAGUCGAGGUCAAGUGUCCACUUUGCCUCCCCAGCCCUGGUGUGGUGUUUCGGGGGGCGGAGGCAGGUCUCUGCUCGAACUGGGUCCCUGCGCGCUCCCCUGCCUCCGCGCCCGCGCACCUGUCCACCGGGUCCCCGGGCGCCCCGUCCUCACCGCGCAUCCGCGCCUUUUGCUGUGCCUUUCUCUGCGCGCCUCUGCCUGCGCGCUUUCCUGCCUGCCUGCCCCCCCUCCUCGCUCCUCCACCCCCGUCUCUUUCCCGGGAUCCGUUGGGUCUCCCUCAGUCCCUCGCUGGCCUGCCUUCCGUCUGGGGGUCCAAGAAGGCGAGAUGAGCGGCUCUUGCUCGAGCUACGUGAGCGCGGAGCAGGAGGUGGUGCGCGGCUUCAGUUGCCCGCUGCCGGGGGGCGAGGCGGCUGCUGUCUUCUGCUGUGGCUUCCGCGACCACAAAUACUGCUGCGACGACCCGCACAGCUUCUUCCCCUACGAGCACAGCUACAUGUGGUGGCUCAGCGUGGGCGCUCUCGUGGGCCUCUCCACAGCAGCCGUGGUCCUUCUGGCCUUCGUCGUCACUGCGUGUGUGCUCUGCUACCUGUUCAUCAGCUCAAAGCCCCACACGAAGCUGGACCCAGGCUUAAGCUUAGCGACAACAGGCUCUAAGGAGAUGUCACGUGACCAUCAAGGUUUGAGCACAACAAUCCCCAUGGAGGUGCCAGGGGCAAACUCUCCCAGGCAGAGUUACUCCUUGAACUCACGACUGGAAAGCAAUGAAAGGCUACCUGUGGGCCCCAGAUGUCCCCUCCAGCACCACUUCAUGGCCCCGGUGACUGCUAGCAACAUUCCAGGCAGCCCUGAAGAGGCCUUUGUCCCCACCCCUGACCUAUGUGGAUCAGUUCCUUAAACA